GUUUUAUCUAAACUUCUUUCAAAUACUGUUAUAAUCGGUUUUAAUCAAUUGCUUUGAUUAAGUUAAUAUUGGUUAUAGUUGGUUGCUUGAGUAGUCCAUAAGUUAAUUGAAGUAAAAUUAGUGCUAAUUCGCAUAGACCGGAUUCCAAAGAGAGUUACAUUUUUUUGUUUAUUUGCAAUCUUUUUCCAAAUUGAUAUGAGUAAUUUCGGUUAUGGAGGUUUAUCUUUCCCAGGAUAUCCUAAUCAGCUUCGUCAGAUGGGAUUAGGAGGAUUAUCACAAAAUGAAAUCAAUCAACAUCAAGCAGCAGCAUCAGCAGCAGCAGCAUCAAGAGCAGAUGCUCAACUGCAAAGUGCACAACAACAAGCACAACAAAAUAAUUCAAAUCAAGGAGGUCAACAAGCUACUGAUAAUGAAACUAAGGUUAAAAAGGAGCGUAAGAAUAGACCGGGCCAAAAAUUUGGCGCAAAAAAGAAAUCAUGGGUUUGGAGUUGGUUUGCUCAGGAUUCUCAAGAUCCAAAUAUUGCAGCUUGUGAUUAUUGUGGUAGAAUUAUAACAAGAUUAGCUUCUGAUAAAGGAUCACCUAAGAAAUUGAGUGAACAUUUGAAGACUCAUAAAUUAACCCGUGAAUCAAUCAAUAAUACUAGACCAAUUCCAAUAGAUGGUCAUGGUAAUACUUAUACUCAAAGUGGAGAGCCAAUAUCAAUACCCAAUUAUUCAGUCAAUAUUCCAACUCCAGGAGGAGCCUCGAAUCAGGGCCAAGGCCCAUCUCAAGGUCAACCUCAAUCACAGGCGCAAGUCUCUCCCCAAUCUCAACUUUCACAACAAUCACAACAGGGUGAUCUUAAAUCAGAUGAUCAAUUAGAUGAAAACGGAACACCUAAAAGAAGGAAAAGAAGUAAGAUCAAUAAAAAUUCUACUCCAAAUGCUCCCUUACCUAAUACUAAUUCCAAUGUUGAUCCAAAUUUUCAAUUUAAUAUGCCAUCUCAAAGAAGAUUUUUAUCGGCAGAUUUCGAUAACACUCCUUAUUCACCAAUGAAGUUUCAUAAGCAUUUAAUGAAAUUCUUAACUGAUAACAAAUUGGCAAUCAACGUGAUUAAAUCUCAUUCAUUCCAGCAAUUAAUUUAUGAUUUAAGAACUGACUCAAUUUCAGAUUUAUUAGAAUUAACCAACCUCUAUUCUUCUCUACUAGAAGUAAGUAGGUUUGAUGGAGCUCAAGCUAGUUCUAGUGAUGCAACCGAUGCAAUUUCUGAUAGCGUUGUCCAUACUUUAAAUCAAGAAUUGGAUAAAAAAUGAUAAUGAUAUUUAGUUCUAAUUAUUUCUUUGUUUAAAUCAAAUAAUUCUUUAUUUAUUAUAAUAUACAACAUAGGAAG